AUGCCAACCCAUGCUGUGUCCACAUACACCCCGAGCGAUGUCCCUCUUCCACCAGCGCCUUCGGCCACUUACUUCUCGGAGUUGCAGUGGAAGACCCUGUAUGCGCUGGCCGACGCAAUUGUGCCCUCCAUCCACACUGCGGCAACUGUCAAGUCAUCGAACGACCGAGUGAUUUCACAUGCAGAGUGGAAUUCUGCCGUGUCGAGCUUGUCAACGGUUAUUUCUGGACCCGAUGCCGUAAAUAUUGCUACCCAGUAUUUGCAAGAAAAUGUUUCUUCGAACCCGCAAUUCCGAGCCAUAGUGGAGCGACUCCUGGGUGACCAGGUGCAUGACGAAGGAAGGAAAGGGUUUGGGUUGAUCAUGACAGCGCUCAACACCCGUACGGGUUCGCUGAUUAUGACGGGUUCGACAACUCCGAUCCAGGACCAACCGGUGGAAUUCCGGGAAAAGGUUUUACGUGGAUGGGACACCUCUCGAUUGGCCCCUCUCCGCGCCAUCUACCGAGGAAUCACUGGCAUCGUGAAGAAAGCUUGGGUUAUGAGCAGCCCAACCAUCGGCCCAGUUCUGGGGUUCCCACGCAUCCCUGUUCAUGGCAACCCCUCCGACGGUUUCCAGUAUGAGUUUUUGCAAUUCACUCCUGGGGACCAGACAGAAACGAUUGAAACCGACGUCGUUAUCGUGGGAAGUGGCUGUGGCGGUAGUGUGACUGCAAAGAACCUAGCCGAAGCGGGCCAUCGAGUGCUGGUUGUGGAAAAGUCCUAUUCCUAUCCAUCGGACACAUUCCCCAUGGGCCCGAAUGAGGGAUUUCUCAACAUGUUUGAGAACGGGGGUGCCAUCUCCAGUGAUGAUGGCUCGAUGGCAAUCCUAGCGGGCUCAACGUGGGGCGGUGGCGGUACUGUUAACUGGUCGGCAUCUCUACAGACCCAGAGGUAUGUCCGACAGCAAUGGGCGGAUACUGGUCUGCCUUUCUUCACCUCCCUCGACUUCCAGAAAAGUUUGGACCGCGUCUGUGGUCGCAUGGGUGUUAACGAGGAGCACAUUGAGCAUAACUACCAGAAUAAGGUGAUUCUUGAAGGCGCAAGAAAACUGGGCUAUGCUGCCAAAACAGUGCCCCAAAACACAGGUCACGGCAAGCACUACUGUGGGUAUUGCACGUUGGGGUGCCACUCAGGUGGAAAGAAAGGUCCAACGGAGUCGUUCCUUGCGGAUGCUGCUCAGGCCGGUGCGAGAUUCAUGGAAGGAUUUUGUGCCGAAAAAGUGCUAUUCACCAAGGUCAAGGGCAGAAAGAUUGCUUCUGGCGUGCAAGGAACAUGGAAGUCGCGGGAUUCACACUUGGGCCUCGGUGGUAUUGCGGCCGUGGAGCGUAAGGUGAUUAUCAAGGCCAAGAGAGUAGUGGUAUCAGCUGGCGCAUUGCAAAGUCCUCUUCUGCUACUGCGUAGUGGUUUGAAGAACCCCCAGAUUGGCCGAAACCUUUAUCUUCACCCAGUUAUGGUAGCGGGUGCUGUCUUUAAUGAGGAGACCCGCCCCUGGGAAGGCUCUGCACUGACAACGGUCGUUAACGAGUUUGAGAAUCUUGAUGGACAUGGACAUGGCGUGAAGAUUGAGUCUCUCUCAAUGAUGCCUUCCGUGUUCAUCCCCAUAUUCCCCUGGCGAGACUCAUUGGAGUACAAGCUGUGGGCGGCCAAGAUGCGUCGCAGCACGAGCUUCAUCACUUUAACCAAAGACCGCGAUUCUGGUCGUGUUUACCCGGACCCCGUUGAUGGACGCUGCCGGAUUGAUUACACGGUCUCUGCCUUUGACCGAAAACACAUUGUGGAGGCCAUUAUUGCCAGCGCCAAGAUUGCGUAUAUCACAGGCGCCACAGAGUUCCAUACCGCUUACCGCGACCUUCCCCCGUUCAUCCGGCCAGAGGCUUCAGACCCCGAGGCUCCCGAAGGCACCAACGACGCGACACUGCAGAGUUGGAUUGCCGAGCUUCGUCGGAAGUCCCCUUUGAACCCGGAGCGUGGUUUGUUUGCCAGUGCACACCAGAUGGGUACCUGCCGCAUGAGCAAGUCACCUAAAUUUGGUGUGGUGGAUCCGGAUUGUCAAGUCUGGGGCACUGACGGUUUAUAUGUCGUGGAUGCGUCCGUGUUCCCUAGCGCUAGUGGUGUGAAUCCAAUGAUCACUAACAUGGCGAUCGCCGAUUGGGCUAGCCGAAACCUAGCCCAGGUGAUGGGAACGGUACGAGGCGAGGGCAGCGUGAUGGCUCGUCUAUGA